AUUCACCAUCCUGUAUAAUGGCGAUAAAGAGAAAAUGGAAACCGGUACAUAAACCUACCAGUUAACCGCAGCCGAGUUCAAAAUACCGAGGAUUUUGAGAAAACAGCGGUGGCAUUCGACGUGGGGAUUUUAACCCUCUUCCGAAAGCAGUGCUGAGCGGAAUAAGGUACCAAAAUAUACCCCUGUGCGGCAGUGUGAAGAUGGAGUUGAGGGGUGUCUGUUGUGUGUUGUUGACCUGUCUAUUCUACACAUCCUCUGCAGACAAAGAUUUCUUCACUUCCAUCGGUCAGAUGACCGAUCUGCUGUACACAGAGAAGGACCUGGUCACCUCUCUGAAGGAUUACAUCAGAGCUGAGGAGGACAAACUAGAGCAGGUCAAAAAGUGGGCUGAGAAGCUGGAUGUGUUGUCGGCCACAGCCACUCAGGACCCAGAAGGCUUCCUGGGCCACCCGGUCAACGCCUUCAAGCUGAUGAAGAGGCUCAACACAGAGUGGGGAGAGCUGGAGAGCCUGGUUCUCAAGGACAUGUCUGAUGGGUUCAUCUCUAACCUGACCAUCCAGAGACAGUACUUCCCCAAUGAUGACGACCAGACGGGGGCAGCCAAGGCCCUGAUGAGGCUUCAGGACACCUACCGGCUGGACACGCACACCAUAUCCUCAGGAGAGCUUCCUGGAACCAAUAAGGAUGUCGCUAUGAGCCCUAUGACAGUGGAGGACUGCUUUGAGCUGGGGAAGAUCGCCUACUCUGAUGCCGACUACUACCACACAGAGCUGUGGAUGGAGCAGGCCCUGAAACAGCUGGACGGGGGAGAGGAGUCCACCGUGGACAUGGUAACCAUCCUGGACUACCUCAGCUACUCCAUCUACCAGCAGGGGGAGCUAGAGAGGGCCUUGGACUACACCAAGAGACUACUCAAAUUGGACUCUGCCCACCAGCGAGCCAACGGCAACCUGAAGUACUUUGAGUACCAGCUGGCCAAGCAGAAAAAGGUGGAGGCGGAGGAGGGCCAGAAGGAGAAGGAGAAGAGAGUGCGGGAGAAGAGAGAGGCAUCUGACAAGAAGGGCAGACCUGCAGACUACCUGCCUGAGAGGAGGAAAUAUGAACAGCUGUGUCGCGGCGAAGGCAUCAAGAUGACCCCUCGUCGCCAGAGUCGUAUGUUCUGUCGUUACUCUGACAACAACCACCACCCCCUGUACGUGCUGGGUCCCGUCAAGCAGGAGGACGAGUGGGACCGCCCACGCAUCAUCCGUUACCACGACAUCCUCUCCAAUAGCGAGAUCGAGAAGGUUAAAGAGCUGGCCAAACCCAGGCUGCGCCGGGCCACCAUCUCCAACCCCAUUACUGGUGUGCUGGAGACCGCCCACUAUCGCAUCAGCAAGAGUGCAUGGCUAACCGCCUACGAAGAUCCAGUCGUGGACAAGAUAAACCAGCGCAUUGAGGACAUCACCGGCUUGAAUGUCAAGACUGCAGAGGAGCUACAGGUGGCAAAUUACGGCGUGGGCGGGCAAUACGAGCCCCACUUUGACUUUGGACGGAAAGAUGAACCGGAUGCAUUUAAGGAGCUGGGCACCGGGAACCGCAUCGCCACCUGGCUCAUUUACAUGAGUGACGUACCUUCAGGGGGAGCCACUGUCUUUACUGAUGUGGGAGCUGCAGUGUGGCCCAAAAAGGGAAGUGCAGUGUUCUGGUAUAACCUGUUUGCCAGUGGAGAGGGUGACUACAGCACGCGGCACGCAGCCUGCCCUGUCCUAGUGGGCAACAAGUGGGUGUCUAACAAGUGGAUGCACGAGCGAGGCCAGGAGUUCAGAAGACGUUGCACUCUGAACGAGUCAGAAUGAUCCAACGGAAUACACUUUUCUCCUCUCAUCCCUCUUCCCGGACCCUCCUGACUCUCGGCUCUGUGGGCUGUGAAGUGCCCUCUGACCUCUCGUCCUCCUCUCCAAAACUCAGUGUUCACUGAGGCUCUGGCUGCUCAUGUGAUGUCACAUGUAUUUGUAGUUGAAGUGUGUGUGUGAGUGGUUCACCAGUGGGUCCGAAGCGCUUCGCUCCCAGUCUGUGCCUUCUGUCAUGGGUUUUGCACACUCCGACUGCACAGCUGUCUUAACCUGAGGAACUUUUUUAUUUCAUUCUCACCCUUAACAGGGACUUUGAUACAAGAUAUUAAGUUAAUUAGAGCAAGCAACACAGCUGCUUAUCCCAUUCAACUUCCAACACAUUGUUUUGGUGUGCCCUACUCUUUACCUCUACCUGAAACACUCCUUUUAACCACCAUGCCAAUCCCUUCCUCCACUCCUUUUAACCAUCAUGCCAAUCCCUUCCUCCACUCCUUUUAACCAUCAUGCCAAUCCCUCCCUCCACUCCUUUUAACCAUCAUGCCAAUCCCUUCCUCCACUCCUUUUAACCAUCAUGCCAAUCCCUCCCUCCACUCCUUUUAACCAUCAUGCCAAUCCCUUCCUCCACUCCUUUUAACCAUCAUGCCAAUCCCUCCCUCCACUCCUUUUAACCACCAUGCCAAUCCCUUCCUCCACUCCUUUUAACCAUCAUGCCAAUCCCUUCCUCCACUCCUUUUAACCAUCAUGCCAAUCCCUCCCUCCACUCCUUUUAACCAUCAUGCCAAUCCCUUCCUCCACUCCUUUUAACCACCACGCCAAUCCCUUCCUCCACUCCUUUUAAACAUCACGCCAAUCCCUUCCUCCACUCCUUUUAAACAUCACGCCAAUCCCUUCCUCCAUUCCUUUUAAACAUCACUCCAAUACCCACCCCCCCACUGCUUCCCAGCACACAGAUAACAGAGACCAGUUAUAAAUGCACUGUCACUGUCCCCCUCUCCCUCCUUAAUAGGUCAUAAUCAGGUGACCCCACAUCAUAUCAGACCUUCAACUUCAAAGGGGGGACAUCCCAAUGAUCCUGUAAUCAGGGGUUGAUGUUGACCAGAGCCACAAAAUGGAUGUUCUAACAGGUGUCGGGUUGGACUGGGGCUAGAUAGAGGGCUCGUGGGAAGGAUGGAGGUUUAUUGGUUGGUUGCACUAUGACAAUCAGGGUUAGUUAUUAGGGUGAUACUAUAUGCAGGCCAGGCUUCUAAAUGAUGACCGUUGUAAUUGUUUAUGCUCCUUAAAAUGUGGCAGUACUACCUGAGGUAUUCGAUAGGAAAGCAUCAAUGUGAGGGCAAAGACUUGUUCAAUGUUACCAUCAAAGGUACAGUAUGCACAGGGUCUGGGCUAUUAUCACACUUGGGGCAAUUUUCAGGACAGUGACUAUCUAAUAGUGUUUGAUCCCUAUUGCAGAAGGCAAUGUUUCCAAUCAUGGUAAAUGCUGCAUAUAUCCACACAAUUGUAAAUGACCUUUCAAUAUCGCCGCCCCACAUCUCCUCUAUACCAUUGCCAUGUCUGCCAUGGGGCAAUAGCCCCGAGGUCAUUCACUCCAGGGCAAACAUUACUGCUGCACAGAUAAACACUGAUAUUCAAGCCAAUGGUACACUGUGUCUGAGUCCCUCUGUUCCUCCCGUCUCUCCAACUCCUCGUUCUGCCUUGGUGAAAUACAGCAGUCUGUAAGUGCCUACUCAUCCGUUUUGUUACAGAAGCAAAGCUCCUACCUAAUCAUUCAUUGGUCUGAUAAUCAAAGGAAUUCAUCUCUGAAUGAAAGAUGGUGCUAAGAAUCAUUAGGAUUAUUAAUCCCAUGCAUCACUCCACAGUUUAAGCCUUUGCUGACCCUGGGAAAUCUGUUUAGAGAAUGUGGCUAUAUACACUCCAAAGCAGAAGAGGCUGGUGGGAGGCGAUAGGAUGGCUCGUUACAAUGUCUGGAAUGGAAACAACGGGAGCCUAUCCUUCCACCAGCCUCCUCUGCUCCAAGGUGCAGUCCUUUAUUUUAUUUGAAAUGUAAUAAUGGGAUGUGUGGCCAGAUGUUGUACAUGUGAGAUUCCUGUUUUCUAAAUAAAUAAGUGUUCACUGAAAA